AUGUCUAACCCGCCGCCAGCCAACCUAGAAGGGAACGCAAGCAACAUGCAAGCUGUCGCGGCCGUCGGUGUCAAGCUUCCAGAUUUCUGGAAAACGGACCCGGAAAUGUGGUUUGCGCAAGCGGAGGCGCAAUUUACUUUGGCCAACAUCACACGCGACGACACAAAGUACUCCCACAUCGUGGCCAAAGUCGAUCAAACCGUGAUUUGCCACAUCGCCGACCUGGUCCAUCGCCCCCCGCUUGAGAACAAGUACAAUGCAGUGAAGGAGAGACUGAUUGGCCGCUUUGCUUUGUCCCCUCAAGCCAGACUGGAAGGACUGCUUGGAACGCACGACCUUGGAGAUUUGCGUCCCUCCCACCUUCUCGCAAAGAUGCAGGAACUCUCGUCGGGAUUGGGAGUUGAGUCCGCGCUGCUGCUCUUUCUGCAGAAACUGCCAACGAACGUUAGAGGAAUCCUCUCGAUUUGCAACGAGUCGCUAGCGAACAUUGCGUUGAUGGCAGACAAAAUGAUCGAAACUAUGUCAGCAACCGUGGCAUCCGUGAGCAAGCCGGAAGGGCUUCCGACCUCCGAAACCGACGAUCUCAAGGCACAGGUUGCAGCUCUCACAGCUGAGGUCAAGCGGAUGAGGAUCCAGCCCUCGCGUUCCCGCAGUCGAUCACUGUCCCGAGCUCGGGACGACGCUCGCUCUCCGUCCAGAAAUCGAGAUGACGUGUGUUGGUAUCAUCGCAAAUACGGAAACAACGCUCGACAGUGCCGUGAACCGUGCACGUUUUCUCCAAAAAAACUAGAUGUCGGCCCAUCUCAAACGGCGGAGGUGGGUGGAGCUUCAACAAGUCGUCGUCUUGUCGUCUACGACAGAUCAUCCAAAACAAGAUUCCUGAUCGAUUCAGGGUCCGACGUGUCCCUGAUUCCCGCGAGCAGAAGUGACCGGACCGGAGGCGAGAUACCUUUUCACCUGCACGCUGCAAACGGCUCAAGCAUCAAGGCGUACUCCAAGAAAUUCCUGUGCACGGAUCUGGGACUGAGGCGGAAAUUUGUGUGGAGCUUCCUGGUUGCGGAUGUCGGCAUGGCGAUCCUCGGCGCUGACUUUCUGGCGCACUACGGGCUGAUCAUCGAUCUCAAGCACCAGCGCCUGAUCGACAACACGACGAAGCUGCAUUCGCUUGGUGGAAUGAUGACAGCAACGGUCCACAGUGUCACGUUCGUCGACGAACAGAACCCGUUUCGGGACCUGCUGCACGAAUUCCAAGAAAUUACUGUGCCCUUCUCACUCCGGUGCCAACCAACCCACGAUGUAACUCACCACAUCGUAACGAAAGGCCCUCCUGCUGCGUGCAAGGUGCGUAGACUGCAUCCCGAUAAAGCGAAGGCCGCGAAGGAAGAAUUCCAGUUGAUGAUGGACCUGGGCAUCUGCAGACCGUCGAGUAGCAGCUGGCCAAGUCCACUGCAUUGUGUCCCGAAGAAAAAUGGCCAGUGGCGGUUCGUCGGGGACUACCGGCAACUCAACAAAAUCACAGCACCCGACCGGUACCCGGUGCCUCACAUCCACGACCUGCUCCACACGCUGACCGGUAAGUCGAUAUUCACGACACUUGACCUGGAACGAGCUUAUCACCAGAUACCGGUAGAAGAGUCGGACAUCCCCAAAACAGCAGUGAUAACACCGUUUGGCCUUUUUGAAUUCACUCGCAUGCAAUUUGGGUUGAUGAAUGCCAACCAAACGUUUCAACGCUUCAUGGACCGUUUGUUUGCAGAUCUUGACUUCGUCGUGAAGUUCAUUGACGACAUCUGCAUCGCGUCCACGUCCAUGGAAGAGCAUCGCCGCCACGUUCGCAUUGUGCUAGAACGGUUGCACGCCAACGGCCUGGUGAUCAACGUCGCCAAAAGCCAGUUCGCUAAGACAGAAGUAAAUUUCCUCGGCAUGUGGUAA